GAGAGAUGGAAUUCAGUUUAUCAAGCUAUAAAGCUUAGUGGAUGAUAACUUUAUCUACUAAGUCCAGUUUCUCAAAUUUGGCACUGGUCCCAAGAGCCUGGUGUUUUGUCCGUAUUGUACUACUGUCUGUUGAAAUGCUUGCUUCCCCCCAGUUACUACACAUGUAUUCACCCAGACACAGAUUGAAGUCUAGGUCCACUUCUUUGAAGCAUUUCAUGACUUAAUGAGAUAGCACUGACUCCUUUGUGUUAAAAUAAUAUUACAAACAGAAGUUUAAUUGUUUGGAUAGAAAGUGUAUUUAAUUGAGAACUGUAUUUGGAAAUAAAGCUUUGAACCAGAGAAAUAAUAAGAGGAGGCAAUGAUAACCAAAACCAAGUUGAAGAUUUGUAUUCAUGAAUACACCAUGAUAUUUUAGCAAACAAUAUGGUAAUAAUUCAUAUAUAGUUGUUAUUAUGACUUUAAAAACUUAACCCUUUCCAGAUGGAAAUAAAACGAUCACAGAGAGAAAUAUAAAUAUACAUUACGGUCUUGUUAUAUCACUUUUUAUGUGUGUACAUUGUUUUGAGAAUUCUUUCCCUGGGAAGAUGUAAACAAAUACCCAGCCUCUUUAUAAAGCAACAACAAUAAAUCAAAGCAAAAUUCCCCAAAUCCAACUUAAAGUACCUCUAAGUUUAUUCAGCUUACCUUCAGAGCAUGGGUGAAGGGUUCCUUACAGGAGUGUGGGAUAGCCCAAGGCAUCUGCACUACCAGAAAGUUUCACUGCAGCAUGGAUGAUGUCAUGGCUGCAUAGACAGAGUUCCCCGUUCAGCUAACCUUCCACAGUCCAUAUACCCCAAUGCCUUUUGAGAUAGAAAUUUGUAUGUAAAACAAAUUGCCAAAAGGUACUGGAGGAAACAGCACCAUUUUCACUGCAGGGAGAUCAUACUAAGCAAAUGGUGAGCUACUGGAUCAGGAACAAGUUGAAUUUUCUUAAACAUUUUAGACAGAGUAGACAAUAAAUCAUAUCCAGGAGUAAUGAGGAAAUAGCUUGAGAAAUAGCUCAGAUUCUUUUCUACAGUUGGAAAGCUAGCAUAUGUGGCAACGAUGGCCUGAAGAGGUUAUCACCCACAAGAAAAUAUAUAAUCAUGACUACAAAAUAGCAUAGUCAAUCCUUUAUCUGAAGAAAAAGCAAAGCUCACACGUGGGACAGACUUGAACAGUUAAUAGACAUCCCCUGGCUGUGUUGCUACUUAUCCUACUUAUCCAUUACAGAUUUAUCUCUGAGCAAAUAAAACUUUUCGUAAGCUCAGAAAUUUCCCCUUCAGAUAUUGGGCAAUAUUCUGUGCACUUCCUGUCAUGAGUCAGCCAUUUUUAUUGUUACAGAAGUAGUUGUUUACAUCAUUUGCUAAGAUAAAUAAAGGAAUGUGUUUCUGAUCUUCUGAAUUUCAACCAUGUUGUCAAAGUGCUUGCAACAUUUUCUAAAAGCCACAAUCUCCCAUCCAUAUCCAGCGUCAUAUUCUUGGUUAAUAAGCAAACACAGGUUUUAUGGAACUGUGCCAGCAGCCAUGUUGCGCAGACGAGUUGUCAUCACAGGCAUUGGCCUAGUGACACCACUUGGCGUUGGGACUCAACUAGUUUGGGAUCGGCUUCUCCGAGGAGAAAGUGGAAUUGUUUCUGUGGUUGGUGAUGAGUACAAGAACAUCCCUUGCAGUGUAGCUGCUUAUGUACCAAGAGGUCCACAUGAAGGUCAGUUUAAUGAACAAAACUUUGUGUCCAAAUCAGAUGCCAAGUCCAUGUCUUCUUCCACCAUCAUGGCCGUUGGGGCAGCAGAGUUGGCCCUGAAAGACUCCGGCUGGCAUCCGAAACGAGAAGCAGAUCAGGUGGCUACUGGCGUUGCCAUUGGCAUGGGCAUGGUUCCUCUUGAAGUUAUUUCUGAAACUGCUUUGCAGUUUCAGACCAAAGGUUAUAAUAAAGUCAGCCCAUUCUUUGUCCCUAAGAUUCUGAUCAAUAUGGCUGCAGGCCAGGUUAGCAUUCGCUACAAACUCAAGGGCCCCAAUCACUCAGUGUCCACAGCCUGCACCACAGGUGCACAUGCUGUGGGAGACUCCUUUAGAUUUAUAGCCCAUGGUGACGCAGAUGUGAUGGUGGCUGGGGGCACAGACUCUUGCAUUAGUCCAUUAUCUCUCGCUGGGUUUUCCAGAGCCCGGGCUCUGAGCACAAACCCAGAUCCUAAGCUAGCCUGCCGGCCAUUUCAUCCAGAGAGAGAUGGUUUUGUCAUGGGUGAGGGAGCUGCCGUGCUGGUGCUGGAAGAACAUGAGCAUGCUGUUCAGAGAGGAGCUCGGAUCUACGCAGAAGUUUUGGGUUAUGGACUCUCAGGUGAUGCCGGUCACAUAACUGCCCCCGAUCCCGAAGGAGAAGGUGCUUUAAGAUGCAUGGCUGCUGCUGUAAAAGAUGCAGGCGUAUCACCUGAGCAGAUAUCCUAUGUCAACGCACAUGCCACUUCCACACCACUGGGUGAUGCUGCUGAGAACAGAGCCAUCAAGAGGCUUUUUAGGGACCAUGCUUGUGCCCUUGCCAUAUCCUCCACAAAGGGAGCCACUGGGCAUCUUCUGGGUGCUGCAGGAGCAGUUGAGGCAACUUUUACUGCACUGGCUUGUUACCACCAGAAACUACCACCAACUUUAAACCUGGAUUGUACAGAGCCAGAAUUUGAUCUCAAUUAUGUUCCACUGGAGUCACAGGAAUGGAAAAGUGAGGGUCGGUGUAUUGGACUCACCAAUUCCUUUGGAUUUGGUGGUACUAAUGCGACUCUUUGUAUUGCUGGUAUGUAAACACUGGCUUUUAAUGGUCAUACAUUUAUAAAUAUUAUAUACUUAGAUAUGUCUUAUAUCAAUACCCAGAUGACUUUAGCACAAUUGGUAUUUGUAUAGUUCUUUGGUAGGGAACAGGGUGCCCAGUACUUGUUAUUUUAUAGCAUCUUGGUGUCUCCUUUGAGAUUUCAGUGGCAACUAUUGACAACCAGAAAUGUCUAUGGAGGGCAGAAUAAUCUGCACACAGAACCAUUGAUUUAUGUUUUUCUCAUGCACUAUUUCAUCCAUCAUGGUCCUUUUCAGAUAUUUAUUUAGAGAGCAGCUUCUCUGAGCAAGGCUGUGCUGUUCCAUGGUGUAACUAACUCUAGGGUCACCACUGUUGUACAGCAUAUAAACAGGACUUCAAUACAAGUCCUACCAUUUGUAUCAGCAGUCAGCAUCCCUUUAGGACAGCUAUCAGCCAGUGAUGACCUAUUCACCCCUGACCCAUGGAGUGUCCUUGGUGGAAUUUCCCCAAGCUCCCAAGAUUUCAUUUCUCUGACGGAGGACAUAAAACAGGAUUUCUUUUUUCUUGCCUGUUCUUGACUGACCUUCCUUCCUUCCUUCCUUCCUUCCUUUCUUCGUCAUCUUUUUUUCCCCUUCUUUGAGACAUAGUUACUUAAGUAACCCUAGCUGUAUUGGAACUCACUCUAUAGAUCCUGGCUGACCUUGAUCUCUAUAGGGAUCUGCCUGCCUUUGCCUCCUAAGUGUUGCAAUUAAAGGUGUACACCAGCAUAGCCUGGCUGGUUUGGCUUUUAAAAUUCUGGAUAUGUUUGUGCUGUGGUGAAUGGACAUAAAGAUCUUUGGAAAAAACUCUUGUUAAAUUAGGCCAGCUCCUCUCUAACUUCUAACUUUGUGACUGUGACAAUGUUCUCCAAGCUUCCUACUACUAGGGUAGCAAGUUCUUCAGAGGUGACAGCCAUCCAGGAAAGCAUUUGGUAGGCAGGGCUUUUAUCUCUUCUGAGUAAGUGUUUUCAUGUAUUUGCAGGUCCACAGUGAUAUGGAGCUUCAGUCAGGUGCCUACAUUUCCUAGGCUCAGUAAUACCUUUAAUGGCUUUCUGUCCUUGUACUGUUUAAUGCUUUUUAUUCCAAUUCCAUGACAAACUGCCUUUUGGCCUCUGCUUUCAUAGUGGCACACACACAGACACACACACACACACACAGUGCAAGAGAGAGGGAGAUAGUAAAAAAGGAGAUAAAUGGCUAUAUGCCUAUGUGCCUUUCUGCAGAAUGAGGAGCAGUCUCACAUUUUACUUAAAACUUUUUGUUCUUGUUUUAAUUUAAAAAAAUAAAAUGUGUAUGAGUGUUUUUCCUGAGGUCAGAACAGGGUUUUGGA